AUGUUGACUUGCAGAAGUUUACGCGCAAAGUCAACGAGAUCCGCCGUCGUAUGGGGGAAAACACAGCUGAAAUUGCGACCUUUACGAAUCGCCUGCCAAGAUGCUACUGCUCAAAUGGCUCUCAUCCAGUUCAUGUCUGCAGGACUUAAAUCUACUGCGGUUCCAACAACGGUACAUUGUGACCAUCUGAUUGUUAGUCGGGAUGGCGAGACCGAGGAUCUUCCCCGGGCUCUCGAGGCUCACCAAGAGGUGUACAACUUCAUAGAAAGUACCUGUCAAAGAUAUAAUAUGGGCUUCUGGAAGCCUGGUGCUGGAAUCAUUUAUCAGAUUGUGCUCGAAAAUUAUGCUUUCCCCGGUGGUAUGAUGGUUGAAACUGAUUCUCAUACCCCAAAUGCUGGAGGUAUGGGUAUGAUUGUGAUUGGAGUUGGUGGUGCCGAUGCAGUGGACGUCAUGGCUGGUCUACCGUUGGAGCUAACAGCACCUCGUGUUCUCGGCGUUAGAUUGACCGGAGAACUUACUAAAUGGGCGUCUCCCAAAGAUGUAAUCAAUAAGCUAGCCAGCCUUAUAUCUGUCAAGGGAGGGACCGGAUCCAUUGUCGAAUACUUUGGGCCAGGCACAAAGGGACUCUCGGCGACUGGAAUAGCCACAAUUUGUAAUAUGGGGGCUGAGACUGGUGCUACCACGUCCAUCUUCCCUUACUCUCCUCAGAUGGCAGCAUAUCUUCGUCCAAACCACAGGCCGGACAUGGCUCAAGCGGUCGAGUCGGUCUCCCAUGAGUUGCGCGCUGGCCAUGGGGCAGAGUACGAUCGCGUCAUUGAGAUUGACUUGUCAACCUUGGAACCGCAGAUCAAUGGACCCUUCACCCCAGAUCUUGCUACUCCACUGUCCAAAUUUCAGUCGGCUGUGAAGGCGAAUGAGUGGCCAAAGCUCACGGCUGGUCUGAUCGGAUCCUGUACCAACUCCUCAUUCGAAGAUAUGACACGCGCCGCUAGUGUUGCUCAACAAGCAUUGGAUGCUGGCCUCAAACCAAAAGUGCCUCUACUGGUGUCUCUCGGCAGCUUGCAGACUCGGCGAACACUCGAAAACGCUGGGGUUGUUGAUGUCCUCGAAGCAGUUGGGGCAACGAUGCUGACCAACGCCUGUGGUCCUUGCUGUGGCUCCUGGGACCGUACUGACAUGCCAAAAGGGACGCCCAACUUCAUCAUCACUUCAUACAAUCGUAACUUUUCCGGUCGUUUAGAUUCUAACCCAGCAACCCACGUAUUCCUUUCCUCUCCCGAAGUUGUCAUGGGCAAGAUAUUCUCCGAUAAUCUUUCUUUAAAUCCUAAUGUAGACAGUCUGACAACUCCUUCCGGGGAGGAAUUUCGCUUUACUCACCCUGUUGGUCAGUCACUCCCCAGUCGGGGAUAUGAAGAUUCAGAUCCUGCAUACCUAGCCCCUCCUAUAGGUGACCGCAGUCAUAUACAAGUUCAGAUUUCUCCCUCCUCUCAACGUCUGCAGAAGCUCGCCCCAUUCAAACCUUGGUCCGGGAAUGAUUUUGAGGAUUGUCUCAUUCUCAUCAAAACCAAGGGCAAGUGCACCACCGACCACAUCACCCCUGUCGGCCCUUGGUUCCGUUUUCGGGGCCACCUCGAGAACAUCGCCAACAACACCUUGAUCGGGGCAGUCAACGCGGACACCGAGCAGGUCAAUCAGAUCCGCAAUCGCUUGACAAGUGAAGACGGCGGCGUGCCCGACACGGCCCGGGACUACCAAGCCAAAGGUCGCCCUUGGGUGGUGAUUGCCGACCAUAACUACGGGGAGGGAUCUUCCCGUGAACACGCCGCUCUCCAGCCUCGGUACCUUGGAGGCGUUGCUAUCAUCGCUAAGAGCUUUGCACGUAUUCAUGAGGCCAAUCUGAAGAAGCAAGGCAUGUUGCCACUGACGUUCGCCGAUGAAGCGGACUAUGAUCGCAUUUGCUCUUCGGAUCUUGUCAGUAUUAAGGGUCUGGCCGCCCUGGCUCCUGGUCAACCGCUCACAGUGUUGGUGGAGGUUUCUCAUUCGUUUACCCAGGAGCAGACUGAGUACUUUAAGGCUGGAAGUGCACUUAAUCUGAUGUCCAAGCACCUUUCCUAG